AUGAUUGCGCAACUUAAAAAUGGAAUAACUCCUGAACUUUUAAUACUAUUCGACCCUAAGGUUAUAUUUGGUGGUCGACCAGCAGUACCUGGAGAGUUCCCCCACAUGGGUGCCCUCGGAUGGAGAGCAAAGGACCCAGCGGUAAAAUGGUUAUUUUAUUGCGGAAGUACUCUGAUUAGUAAGACCUUCUUGAUCACAGCAGCUCAUUGCUCCAAGCUGUCAUCAAGUUAUAGAGAUGUGUUAAACAGAGUACCAGAGAUUGUCCGACUUGGUGUCGAAGAUAUUGUUGAAGAUCAGUUUAACGUCAACGGUCAACCUAUAGAUAUAAAUAUUAAAAGAAUAAUCGUUCAUCCAAAUUACAACCCACCAAAGAAGUAUAAUGACAUUGCUUUAAUUGAGCUAGAGAGUGAGGUGAAAUUCGGCAAAGUUCAACCAGCUUGUUUGUGGUCUGAUAGUGAUAUUAGUGAUCUUGGUAGAGAAGCCAUGUUAACAGGAUGGGGUGAUACUGAACGAGGUGCACCAUCAAACAAACUGCUAGUUGCUGCAGUUGACUUCAUCGAAACGCCUGACUGUGAUAACAGACUGAAAAUGUAUCGUAAUAGAAACUGGCGAGGGACCCGUAGUCACCAGUUGUGUGCUGGCAAAUUAGAAGGAGGCAUCGAUACUUGCCAGGGUGAUUCUGGUGGCCCACUUCAAGUCAGAAUACCUUUAAAGACUGAAGGGAAAAUGUACUGGACGGUUGGCAUCACAUCAUUUGGUAUCAAAUGUGGACAGAAAAACCUACCCGGUGUCUACACUAGAGUGUCGAGUUUCAUCGACUGGAUCGAAGACACCGUCUGGGGUUCAUCUCAUGAGAUCUCUUAAAGAAUCCAAAUAAAUUAAUAAUAAGUAGGUACAUUUAACAUACACACGUGACACGGCCGUCUCUUCCUCAGGUAAGCGACUUAAGGAGUGUGUGUGUGUGUGUGUGUGUGUGUGUAAUAGCCUGCCGCUGACUAUACGUAAAAAACAAUGCAUACAUAUCUGUAAAAACACCAUUAAAUAUUAUGUAAGUCGCA